AUGGCAUCUAAGGCCGCAUACAAACGUCUUAGCAAGGAAUACAUCACCAUGCAGAAGGAGCCUCCUCCGUUCGUUUGGGCUGCCCCAGAUGAGAAGGACAUCCUCACUUGGAACUACAUCAUACGAGGACCUCCCGAUUCACCUUUUGCUGGCGGGGAGUACCACGGCAUGCUGAUGUUUCCCUCCGAGUAUCCGUUCAAGCCCCCAGGCAUCAAGAUGUUGACGCCAUCUGGCCGGUUCUCGCCCGACAAGAAGAUCUGCUUCUCCAUGUCGGACUUCCACCCGGGAUCGUGGAAUCCGGCAUGGAGCGUUGCAACGAUAUUAACAGGGUUAUUGUCUUUCAUGCUCUCGGAUGAGAUGACGACAGGCUCCGUCAACACCACCGAGGCGGAGAAACGGAUAUAUGCUGCACGAAGUCAUGCCUGGAAUCUGAAGCAGAAGCGGUUCAAGGAGGCUUUCCCUGAGUACUGCACACCUACCCUCCGUGACGUUCCAAACAUGGCCGAGAAAGAGCGCGGAGCAUCCAAAUCCCCACCUCCCCCACCACCGGUUGUGGCCCCAGCCCCCAACCCUGCACCCGUUCUUACCUCUACACCUGCCGGCGGUAGUGCGGUGAAGCGCUCUUCGAACGGCUCGGGCCCAGACGCUGCGGCGGCGCGCGGGUGGAUCGGCUCCGUUUGGCACGUCGUUUGGGAUAAGUGGCGCUGGGGCGCCAUCCUGGUCCUCGCGCUCGUCGUCUCACGCAUGUCGACGAGCAAUUGA